AUGAACUGUCAACAGAGCGAAAGCAGAGAUGGUCAUAAGAUGAACCUCAUCUUCUACGCACAUUCGCGUAGAAUUUGAACAUAAAAAAAUGGGAAACAAAAUAACUACAUUCAGUGAAGAUCAAUUGGAUGCGUAUCAGGAUUGUACUUUCUUCACAAGAAAAGAGAUUCUGAGAAUUUUCAGACGUUUCCAGAUGCUUUACCCAGAACAUGUGCCUCUUGACAUGAAACGGGGGCAGACUUCAUCUGUCAAGAUUCCUCUUCAUGAACUUGAGAAAAUGCCAGAACUGAAGGAAAAUCCAUUUCGACAUCGACUAUGUCAGGUGUUUUCCGAGGAUGGAUCUGGAGAUAUGUCAUUUGAUGAUUUCCUGGAUAUGUUUUCUGUGUUGUCUGAGGCUGCACCCAGAGACAUCAAAACAGUGUAUGCCUUCAAGAUGUAUGACUUUGAUUGUGACCACUUCAUCAACCGUAGCGACCUCGAGAAAACCCUGGUUUGUCUUACAAAAGAAGAGCUUUCACAGGAUGAGAAAUCCUUUGUUGUAGACAAGGUGCUGGAAGAAACAGACCUAGAUGAUGAUGGCAUGCUGUCUUACAUAGAAUUUGAGCAAGUCAUUUCUCGUUCACCAGAUUUUCUCAAUACAUUCCACAUCAGGAUAUGAGAUCCACCACCAAGUUUUCGUAAUACUGUUAUGCCUUGAAGAUCUAAUACAUAUCAGAAGGAAAAAUGUUAUUAUUAUUUACAAAUGUAUGUAAACUUGCCUUAUAUUUAAUACUAAGUCUAGGGUCCAAAGGAUUGUUUGUUUACAACUCCACUCUCCACUAGACAUUGCACAUGGAUGGUUAAUUUGAUGUCAGGGCCAGUAAAAACAAUUUGAAGUUUAAUAGUAGCCUUUUCCAACAUGUUGUUGUGGGCUAAAUUUAGAAUUGUACACCCUUGAAAAAAGAUGUUUCUAAUUUCAUACCUGCUUCAAUUGUUAUGUUUAUAUGUAUGUUUAAAUGACGAGUACUUAUGAUAUUACACAUUGCACAAGUAUAUUAUGACAAACACAAGUAUAUUAUGACAAAUACAAGGAUAAAUGCAUACAAUGGUACGUACUGCAUCAUUUCUGUAAAAAUAGGAAAUCAUGAUCAUCUCAGAUAAAUGUUCAGUUUGCUUCCCUAAAAAAACCUUGGCCAAACAAUAAUUGUGUAUGUUACAUCACCAAAGUGUCAAAUAGUUCCAAUACUUAUAACUCAUUUUAUCCAUGACAAUUGCUUAGUAGCUAAAUAAACAGUUCUAGUCAUACUAUGUUAUACAAUAUUCUGUUCAGGUCAGUCAUGAAAGUGAGCUUCAGGAAAAUCUAACUGCUUUAGUUUAGGGCGUCUAAACAACCAAUAUACACAUUUAGUUUUAAAAAUAAACGAGACAAGAGUAAUUGCUGCUGUCUGCAACUGAAAGGAAAAAUAGCAAAGAUACUAGAUCCAAUCCUGUAAUUUUGAAAUGUCAUGGUUUCGUAUUCUAAUGCUGAUAAAAAUAUUGAAUUGGUAUUGAAGAAGAAAACAAGAGAAUAACCAAGUGUGAGAUUAGCCAUCAUUAUCAUCACAAAUACCUUGCUGUGUUGAUGAUGCUUUAGUACAUUUCUUUUUAAUUUUCUCUGUUGUAAUUGUCAAUUGAUGAUCUUAUCUUUGAAACUUGCUUAAUGCAAAUACCUCAUUGUUUUAUUUUAUUGUUUUUGUUUUCUAAUGACAUUGUUUUUAUGAAAGUAAAAAUGUGAAAAAAUGCAACAAGCUUUGAAAAGACAUUUGUUGACAUGUCAUUUAUACUUUUAAACAAUAAAUGACGAAUAAAUCCACAAAAUAAUUUGUCAUAACUCCAGAAUAUUUUUCACUUUCCAAAAUAUUUUCCAAUUCCAAAGCUUCUUGACUAAUUAACUUCCUUAUAAAAUGUACUGUCAAGGUAAAAAAUAUCUUGCAAGAAACAACGAUAUCAUAGAAUGAUGAAAAUAUUUUUUUUGGUCAAAAUUGUGUUCAUAAUAUACACAUACAGUAUUAGUUUGUCCACGUGAGUUGUAUAUUAGAGUUUAUAUAAUUACUAUAUGAAGAUUGUCAUUUUAUGUUGAUAUUUUGACCAUGCAAUUUUUAAUUAAUGUUAUAUC